AUGGCAGGGCGUGGCUGUCUGGGCCUGGGACUGUUCCACUGGGUCCUGCUUGCCAUGCCCGUGGGCCCCCAGCCCGCUUGCUCAUCUGUGCCUGCGGCUCUUCCCACUACUCUGACCCCACCGCCACAGAGUGAGGCCGCCAUGCUGUCCCUCAACCUGGGACUAAACUUCAAAUUCCAUCUUCGGGGACCUGCUGCUGUCUGGGGCAGUCCGGUCACAGAGAGCCAGCCUCUCUCUCCUGGGCUGGACCAGGAGCCAGGAGAUGAGAUAGCCGGUGGGCAGAGGACUGAUCUGCUUUGGGAUCUGCUGGGGGGCUCCCGUGGGAACUCCCCUUCAGAGUGGGGCUCUGCUGAAGGCAGCUCUACACCCUGGGCCUCCUCUCUGCCUGCGAAAUCCACACCCCCUGUGUCUGGGUCCACGGACCGGCACAUGGCUCCCUACCAGCCCAGGAAGGGCACUGUGACUUGGGACACCGCCCUGACGGCUGUGGCGCCUCCGUCCAGCGCUCCCAGGCCCCACCAGAGUGAGCUGGAGUUGAAGUUCGAUGUGGCGCUGAGAGCAGGGGCGGCCCCCACGCUGGGGCACCGGACGCUGCCUCUACUGCCCAGCCUGCGGGCCAGCUUGGCAGAGAUCGCUGGGCGCCUGGGGCCCUUUGGGUUCUUUGGUACCACAUUGUCUCCGCUCCGGAAUUUCUCUGGCUCCAGCGCUCUGGGGGCCACCACGUCCUCAAGCCCUGCCCCCAGUUCAGGGUUCUUUGGCACCACUCUGACCCCAUCCUCACCGCCUCGGGAGAGGGAGCUCCCGAGCCCAGGCUUGCUGGACAUGGCCACUUCCCUAGCUUCUGCCUCAGUGGCAACCACACCACCAGAUCCCACCGCCCCAACCUCGGUUGCCGCGACCGACGUCUCUGCCAGCAGCCUGGGGAGUGCUUCGCUGCAGCCAGAAUGCGCCCCGGAGUCCUGUGGCCUGGGAAAACUGCCUGACCGCAGCGAGCAGCCCCCUGCCGCCCCGCUGCCUCUCUUCUUGCUGACCCUGGAGGCCAACUGGGCCGAGGCCAGGGCUCGCUGGGGGCUGGCCUGGGAGGCCCACGUGUACGGGGUCGGCGCGCUCUUCGGUCUGGUGGUGGUGCUCGCAUUGCUGGCCCUGGUCCUCCUGCCUUGGCGCUGCCCGCCUGGCGCCCCCUGCCUGGCGCUACUGGACUUGCUGCUGCUCUUGGCCGGGGCGACCCGCGCUUUCCCGCUCUUCUAUGAUGCCUACGGGCACCGCGAGCGGCUACCCGCGCUCGCCUGGCUGCUACUACAGGACCUUCCGCUGCCGUGUCUGGCCGCCGGCUUGGGGCUGGCCUGCCUGCUGCUGGCCCGGCCGCGCCCGCCGCGGUGCCCGGCCGGCCUGGCCGCGCUGCUGCUCCUCGGGCUGGGCUUGGCAGCCGCUGCAGCUCUAGGAAGCGCCGCACACCGCCCGCUGCGGCCUCUGCGCCUCGCCUCUCGAGGGCUGCACGCCUUCCUCGCUGCGUCCUUGUCAGGGCUCCUGCUGGCCCUCUCCUGCUGGCGGGGUAGGCGGCGGAGAGCCGGGGCGCCCCUGGGAGGUUCUGCUUUCAAGGGCGCCACGCCUCUCCCGCAGGUGCGCAGCCCUUUCGCCCCGCGGGAGUCCUGGCGGCGCGCGGCGCGCACAGCCCCAGUGGCCGGCACCUUCGGGUUGCUGAGCGGGGCUCUGCAGGGCUACGAGGUGCUGCACGCCCUGGGCUAUGGCGGCCAGUCGGGCCUGGAGGGGCCCUGGUCUUGGUGGGCCUUCCAGCUAGGCCUGCGCCUGGGCGAGGUGGGCGUUGCGCUCCCGCUGGCGCUGCUGGGUCUCUACCCCGCGCUCUGCAAUCCUCGAGUGCCACCUCGCUGCUGGGCCAAGCUCUUCCGUCUGUCCCCGAGCCACGCGGCUCCUCUGCUGCCCGGAGGUUGGAUCUCGGGACCUCCGGACAAGGAGCCCCUGGGGAGCGCCAUUGCGCGUGGCGAGGCGGAACUGCUGCAGUUGUGCGCCCUGGCGGGGCCAGGCCCUGAUCUCCUACUCCAGGGUGGUGGCGGCGGCGGCUGCCGCGGCUUUGAGGACACCAACCCGGGCCCAUCCCCGGCCUCCUCUCCCUGCAGCGACUCCACCGUAGAUUUCCGCCCGCCGUCCCCCAUCAAUCUGCGACGCAGCAUCGAGGAGGCCCUCUGCGGCGAGGCCCUUCUCGCCCCUAGCCUCUUCCAGGGCCCUGCCCUCGGGGACGCCCUGCCCGGAUUUGGCCUCCAUCGCGCUGCCUCGCUGGGAGCCACGGUCCGGAAGGGGCCUGUCGGCAAGUUGGAGGAGGAUCCCGGCUCCCCGGCCGCCCGGGAGCUCCCCUCCCCCGGCGCCUGGCACCCUGGCAGCAGCUCGUCGGGCUCACUGUGCGGACUCUCGCGGGACAGCUCCUCCGUGCUCCUGUGCUCCUGCCCCGACAAGCCCCCUCGGUGCCCGUUGGCCUGUGUCCUCAGCCCCCCGCGGGCCUCGGGAAGCAGCCCUAGCCUCCCCGCCUCAGGCUCCUACCAGGCGCUGUCCCCACCCUCCUGUAACUCCCCGGAGCCCGCUCCGGAGCUGCCGGCUGAGGAGGCCUUGCUGCAGGAGCAGUUCCUGGAUGCCUGCCGACAGAUCGACGAGCUGAGUCUGGGCAGUGACACCAUAGACCUGUAG